CAGUAUUUUAGCUCCUAUAUUUAUUUUAUAUUUGUUUGAGAUGGAGAAUCUAUAUCAUCAAACCAAUAAAAUGGUUCAUGAGAUCCAACAAAAUAUGGGACGAUUAGAAACGGCACGAGAUGAAGACAUCCACGUCAUUGAAAAUGAAUUACAAGCUCGAAUUGAUCAAAUUGUUGGUAAUUGUGACAGGCUGGAUAUUUUGGUAAACAAAGAACAUCCGACGAGGCGGCAAAAUGCGAGGUUAAAGGUCGAUCAAGUCAAAUAUGAUUGUCAACAUUUACAAUCUGCAUUGCGUAAUUUCCAACAUAGAAGAUAUGUGAGAAAUCAGCAGCAAAGAGAAAGAGAAUUAUUAAUGGAAACUAAAUUUACUACAAACGACGCUGAUACUUCGAUACAGAUGGAUGCCAGCUUAAAUCACCAUCAUAAAUUACAGGGUGCUCAUAAGGGAAUGGAUGAUCUCAUAAGUCAUGGCAGUAGCGUGAUAGAAAAUUUACGAAACCAGCGUGGAUCUUUAAAAGGAAUCAAAACCAAAAUGCUAAAUAUCGCCAACACUCUUGGAAUGUCGAACACUGUCAUGCGUUUGAUUGAAAAACGAACGACUCAGGAUAAAUUUGUUCUUUUCGGUGGAAUGAUACUUACAACAAUUUUCAUGUUUCUCAUUUGGAAAUAUUUUGCUUAAUUUUUUUUUAUCUGUUGGUGGAUAACGCUUAUUCACAAGGAGAACGAUUGAUGCCAUCCCACAAAGUCUGGGUCGUGCAAUAUUAAUUACCGUAAAUGAUAUAUAUGUGUAUAUAUAGGCUACUUAAUUUUUGAUAGCCAAACUCACUAAAAACUUGAUACGCUUGUAUCCCGGUGAAAUUUUUGAUAUUCGAUUCUUAUAUAUAUAUUAUAGUGCAUACUGAAAUAUUCAUUUUUUUGAGUUGAUAUGGUUUGUAUUACUUUUUCUCAAUGCAAGGCAAGCUGAGCAUGAUUAGCACAUUUAUAUUAUGUUGGGUUACAUUUACUAGGUUUGAAAGAACCUAAAUCUCAUUUUAAGCAUUGCUUACCAACUCCAUUACACCUUGAGACAUUGGAUAUCAAUUUUUGAAUGCAUUUGUUGAAAUUUAUCUUUGGAUGUCAUUUGGUUUAUAUUUAUACUGGGCUUACUUUCUGAAAAAAUUUAGCUGUUUUACAAGGAAUACUACAAUAUACUUUAUUAUAUCAACUUUGAAAUCGAACAAAUCUGAAAAAUUCAUCAGUUUGAUCAAUUUCCAAAAUUUGUUAAUGAUUGAGUGAAACCUAUUUUUUUUUAUAAAUAUACCAAGUUUGUUGCUGGAAAUACUGAGUUUUGAAAUGAAAUCAUUUUGAAUAAUUAUCUAAUCACAGAUUUGCUAUAUCCAUAGGUAUAGGUACUGUAAGGCUGAAAGAACUGAGUUCGCUGAAAUAAAUGGCAGACAAGCCUGAUAGAGGCGGCCAAGCACGAUUGAAUAAAAAGUGUUGAAAUAAAACAGCAAUUUUUUUGAAUAAAUAGUGGGUCUUCCCAUCUUCAAGAACUGAAAAUUUGAAAUCCAUUAGCGAAAAGUCUUUUUUUCUCAACAACAAGAUAGGUCUGCACCGUGCCCAGUAACUAAUUUUAAAUGUAUUGGAUUUGUGUCUCUCAACCCUGGUGUCGUGUUAUUAUAAAUAUUGUCAGUUGUCACUAUCAAUUAACUUACAAUACAUCAGGAUAAAGAUAUGGACAGAAAACGGAAUGAGAUCACAUUCUCCUUGGUUUUUCCAACAUUAUUUAUUUUUCAACUUCAAUGUUCUCUCUAACUAACUGUUAGUUGGGUGAUUUUUUGUAGAAUUAUCAACUAUAGGGAAUUUUUGGUUGACCUUUUUUUUUAAAAUAUCUCUAUGUAUUCUUUACAAGUGAUACAUUGUUACUUAUCGAUUUUAAUCGGUAAGUAUGUUGAUAGGUAUUUGUCUGUCUGUCUGUUAGAUGCACGCGAUAUCUCACGAAAGCGAGAUUGAAUCUGCUCCAGGUUUUGCAUGUGCAUUCAUCUUA